AUGACGUCGGGAGGAAGGAGAAGCAGCAGCAGCUCUGUGGUGAGCUUGGCGAUCCUGCUCUGUUUGGGAGCAGUCGUUGUGACAGCGCGGCCGGCUCCGGAGGCGACACGUGCGGCCGCGAACGGCACGUGCCAGUCCAGGGUGGAGCCGUUCGAGUACAAAUGCGAAGAGCACACCGUGACGACUUCGGACGGGUACAUUCUGAGCUUGCAGCGGAUCCCGAGCGGCCGCGGCUCCGGCGGCUCGUCGGCCGGCGGCAAGAUCCCGGUCCUGCUCCAGCACGGUCUCAUGAUGGACGGCGUGACGUGGCUGAUGAACUCACCGGACGAGUCCCUGGGUUACAUCCUAGCGGACAACGGGUACGACGUGUGGAUCGCCAACAGCCGCGGCACCGUCUUCAGCCGCGGCCACACCUCGCUCUCCUCCAACGACCCGGCGUACUGGGACUGGUCGUGGGACGAGCUCGCCAGCAACGACCUCUCGGCGGUCGUGCAGUACGUGUACCGCCAGGCGGGUCAGCAGAGGAUGCACUACGUCGGCCACUCGCUGGGGACCCUGAUCGCGUUCGCGGCGCUGAGCCAGCAGCAGCAGCUGGGGAUGCUGCGGUCGGCGGGCCUGCUCAGCCCCAUCGCGUACCUCGACAAGGUGUCGUCGCCGCUCGCUCUGGCGGCCGCCGACAUCUUCCUCGGCGAGGCUCUGUACUGGCUGGGCCUUGACGAGUUCGACCCAACCGGGGAAGCUGUUCACAGCCUGGUGACUGACAUAUGCAAGCAACCAGGGAUCGAUUGCUAUAAUCUGAUGUCAGUCUUCACAGGUGACAACUGCUGCCUCGACAACUCCUCUGUCCAGGUCUUCCUCGCCCAUGAGCCACAAGCUUCAGCAACCAAGAACAUGGUUCAUUUGGCUCAAAUGAUCAGAAGAGGGACGAUCGCAAAGUACGACUACGGCAACGACGCGGACAAUACGAAGCACUACGGCCAGGCGACGCCGCCGGCCUACGACGUCUCGGCGAUCCCCGACGACUUCCCGCUCUUCCUCAGUUACGGCGGCAGGGACAGCCUCUCCGACGUGCAGGACGUGCGCCACCUCUUCCAGACGCUCAAGUCGCACGACGGCGACAAGCUCACCAUCCAGUACCUCGACGACUACGCGCACGCCGACUUCGUCAUGGCCGGCAACGCCAGGGAGAGGGUCUACGCGCCGCUCAUGGCGUUCUUCAAGCUCCAGGAGAAAUGACGACGGGCGUAGAUGAAUACGUGAAAGCCUCGUAAAUUAUGUGAUAGGAAAUGGACAAAAGUUGAUGGUAAUCUCUUGGAAACAAUAUGGAUGCGUUUGAAUGUUGAUGUGGUUAUAUA